ACGAUAUUGAGAAACAAGGAAUACAGUUAUAAAAUGUUACCAUCUUGCUAUGCCAAUGGAUCGGUGCUGCCGGAUAAUGAGGAGCUUGUGAAUUCCCUGCUCUCCAAUCCCGAUUAUCUCAGGGCCCAAGUAUCCCCGAAUCCACUGGGACCAAAUGCCGUCGGAGGUGUGGGAAUGGAAGGUCUGAUGUGCGGAUCGUUUUCUCCGGCCUUCUACUACCAGGGAAUCGAUAACUUCCUGGCCCUGCAUAACAAUAUAUGGGGUUUGCCCAUAUCCUUCCUUCAUAACUCCCAUCGACCGGAAAAACCACCAUUUUCCUACAUUGCCCUUAUUGCCAUGGCCAUAAGCAGUGCCCCCAACCAGCGAUUAACUCUCAGUGGAAUCUACAAGUUCAUCAUGGACAAAUUUCCGUAUUAUAGGGAGAACAAGCAGGGCUGGCAGAACUCAAUUCGACACAAUCUGUCCCUGAACGACUGCUUCGUGAAGGUUCCGAGAGAUAAAAACACGAUCGAGGAUAAUGAUAGUGCUGGCAAGGGAAGCUACUGGAUGUUGGACUCCUCGGCAUCGGAUAUGUUCGAGCAGGGAAACUACCGACGAAGAAGGACGCGUAGACAAAGGCAUUGUGCCAACUCAAAUCGCUACGAACGGGAAUCAGGAAAGGAUUCCAACGAUGUCAAUCAUCCCACAGCAGAUAUUCAUUCACCCAGCGAGCCGCUGAAUGAUUUCGAUAUCUUCUGCAACGAAAGACCCAAUUACUCGGAUAGGAUUACGGAUCUACACAGGCAGUAUUUGUCCGUAUCUCUGGGAUUCAACAGUCUGUUUAACAACGAGGCCAGGGGCCUUCGAGCACUGCCCAGUUCCUCCCUCUCCGAGAUCAGAGAAUCCUCAGAUGAUGUUGACGCCUCCUGCAGUUCCAGUAAAACUGUGAAUAAUUCUAUGGAUCUACACGAGGAUCUACAUUCCCCGAGCGCCUUUACUCCACCACCGACUCGUCGGGAAAAUACAUCUACUGGUUUACCAAACCUCGGUGAUUCUUUUCGAGGACUCAAGGAUAUAGUGGAUGUCUCUGUCAAUAGUCCUGCAAGCAACGCAUCCCCAGUGUCAACCAAUCGAUCAAAGACUACCCUUUUUACCAUCGACAAUAUCAUUGGCAAGCCAUAA